UUGACAUUUAAUGCCUGCAGUUAGUCUGCUUUCGCUUCUCAAGCGGUUUGGGUUUUUCUUCCUUUCCUUUGGUCUCGCCGGAAAAUCCUUGUGACGCGAUCGCGUCCGUUGCCUUGCCUCGAUCGCUACAUACAUAUGUACGUGUACGUGUGUAUAUAGCUGAGACUAUAGCUACGCCACCGAUGUGCAAAUGUUUUGAGCUAAAACAUAUACUUUUGUGAGCUGGAUAAAUACGCAAGAGCACUUAGUAUCGCCAAAGUGUGUGAAUAAUCGGUGCGAACGUGGGAAUGGCGCUGGCGUUGCAAGUUCGCAGUGCAGUUGUUGUUGUAACGUCCAUGUGGAGUGUCAAUUAUGUGGAAAUAUAUUUACAAAGAUGCCCCCAGUGCGUGUGCGUGUGUUUGAGUGAUUCUCCUGGCACUGAAUGUCACUAAAAGAGAGCGAGGGAGAGAGCGCUAGUGUGGGAGAGGAAGUGUAAGUGGAAGUGGGGCUGCUCUCUUUCCAGUGCGUGUAGAUCAGUUACCGCCAGCAACAACAGCCACAACAACAACAGCAGCAGCAGCAGCAGCAGCAGCAGCAGCAAUAACAAACAAACAAACAAACAGGCGACAAUUCACAUUCAUUCCCAUUCAUUGCUGCGAUUAUCGCCAGUUGUGCUUUGCUCUUUCACCACGCACGAACACGAACCAGUGGGUGAAAGGAAGUGAGAGUGGUGAGUGGAGAGUGGAGAGCGGAAAGAGCGCGGAGAGUGUCGCGUGUGAACCGUAGGAAAAUGUGCGGGGGCCGCGGAGGCCGAAGCGAAUGAAGUGGAAGCAGCAACAGUCGAGAAGUUCGCUCUGGGCACGCCCCCUUAUGACGCCCCCUGUGACGCGUUAUCAGCGGACACCCAACAAACACAACAAACACAAAGACCUGACCAAAAUCCACACAAAAUGGCGAUAAACUCCAGUGCCAGAGAAUAAGAAACGCCGCGGGCCCAAAAAGUUCGUUCCCCAAAUAAAAAGGAGGUAAACAAACUCGUUUCUGCCCCACAACAACACCACCCAUGCCCCCUGAACACCCAGAGAACCCGCACCACAGAACCCACCACAACCAGCGAUAAGCAUCCGAAGAUUUGGGUGGCCCAGUCCACAGAAAACCCCGCACCAACCCCGAAACAAGCGCCUAAGAUGUGUUCCCGCAACAUAAAGAUCUCGGUGGUGCUGUUUCUCGUCCUGAUACCAAUCUUCGCCGCCUUGCCACACAACCACAACCUGUCGAAGCGCAGCAACUUCUUCGACCUGGAGUGCAAGGGCAUCUUCAACAAGACCAUGUUCUUCCGACUGGACCGCAUCUGCGAGGACUGCUACCAGUUGUUCCGCGAGACGAGUAUACACCGAUUAUGCAAGAAAGACUGCUUUGAUUCAAAAUGGUUUGGCGAAUGCCUGAAAGUGCUGUUAAUACCCGAAGAGGAAAUAUCCAACCUACAGCACUUUCUGAGAGUAGUGAACGGCUCGCCCAUAUCCUUCAACAUGGGGCCGCAAACAUAACUCUAAGUCCCCGCCCACACACCCGCACCACACACCACACACCGCACUCCACACACCACACACCAUACACCACACACCACACACAGUUGAGAAUCGCUGCGAAUAUCGUGGAUUGGAACGGGCAUCCGAGUCCAAAUCGAAAUGCAGAUCCAGAUCCAGAUCCAGUCCCACUACAACCACAAAUGCAGAGCCAGAACACAGAAAUCUAAAAUAUUAAAACGCCCAAAUUUAAUUCGUACUUAUUUAUUACUGUAUGCCUUACAGUUCUUACUAUAUGUGUUUUUUUAAAAACGAAUUAUUUUUAUUAAUUUAUUGAGAACGUUAUGCGUUUGUUGUAAGUAACAUAAUCGGGGAGUGAGAGAUGGGCGAUGAUGAUGAUGAUGAUGAUGAUGAUGAUGAGGAGGAGGAUCGCAGAUCUCGCACUCCCCAAAUAUACAUAGAAGCCGAAGUAUUUAUUUUUAAGUA